AUGACUAAUUGGAGAAAAGCAAUGGAAGUAUUUAAUACGCAUGUUGGUGGUGUAGCUAGUGCUCACAAUGAUGCGAGAACACAACUUGAGGCUUUUAAAAAUCAACGACAAAGUGUGUCACAUUUGCUACAAGCACAGGGGCGUGAAAUGGAGGUUGCAUAUCGCACUCGAUUAACAGCAACUUUAGAUGUUACACGCUUUCUUUUGAAACAAGGUUUGCCUUUCCGUGGACAUGACGAGUCAUUGAAUUCUUCAAAUAAAGUCAAAGAACAAAUGGGAGUUGUUUUAAGAUAUGUGAACAAACAUGGAUGUGUUAUUGAAAGAUUUCUUGCUAUUGUACAUGUGUCUGACACUUCUGCUAUUUCUUUAAAGAAGACUAUUGAUGAAUUGUUUGCAAAACAUAAGUUGUCAUUAUCAAGAUUGAGAGGUCAAGGAUACGAUGGAGCUUCAAAUAUGCGAGGUGAGUAUAAUGGAUUGAAGGCUCUUAUAUUGAAGGAAAAUUCAUCUGCAAGAUAUGUCCAUUGUUUUGCUCACCAACUUCAACUAGUUGUUGUUGCAGUUGCUAAAAGCAAUCGAAUUGUGAGUGAUUUCUUCCAAUAUGUUACUAUGAUUGUGAAUAUUAUUGGUGCUUCAUGCAAAAGAAAAGAUAAGUUUAGACAACUUGAACAUGAUAGACUUGUAGAAUGUUUGGAGAAAGGUGAUAUUGUUAGUGGCAAAGGAAAAAAUCAGGAAAUCAGUUUAAAACGACCAGGGGAUACUCGUUGGGGUUCACAUUACAUGACUAUUAUCCGUUUGAUGUCUACGUGGACUUCUGUUUUACAAGUGCUUGAAAAUGUGUAUGAUGAUGGUACUAAUGAUGAUAAUAGUGGUAUCGCCACCAGUUUAAUUGAUAAGAUGGAGAAUUAUGAAUUUGUGUUUGUGAUGCAUUUGAUGAAAUCUUUAUUCGGAAUCACAAAUGAGUUGUCACUUGCCUUACAACAAAAGGAUCAAAACAUUGUACUGGCUGUCAGUUUGAUCAAGACAAUGAAAGUUCGAUUACAAAAAUUGAGAGAGGAAGGAUGGGAGAAUUUUUUGGACGUCGUCAACAAAUUUUGUAGUAACCACAUGAUUCCAGUACCGAAUAUGGAAGAAAAUAUGAGAACUCGUGGUCGCAGCAGACGUAAUGGACAAAUGAUUACUAAUUUUCAUCACUAUCGUGUUGAAAUUUUUUAUCAGGUUCUUGAUAUGAUGGUUCAAGAGAUGAGUAAUCGGUUUUCAGAAUCAAGUACGGAGGUACUUACUUGCAUUGCUUGCUUAGAUCCAAAGGACUCUUUUUCUCAAUUUGAUAUUGGUAAGCUACUCCACCUUGCUGAACUUUAUCCGGAGGACUUUUUAUUGAUUGAUCGUGCAAUACUUGAGGACCAACUUGAGACUUACAUUCAAAAUGUACGAGGUGAAUUUUCUAUGAUUGAAGAUUUGGGAAGUCUUGCUAAAAAGAUGGUUGAAACGGGGAAGAAUACAAUUUUUCCAUUGGUAUAUCGUUUGAUCGAGUUAGCAUUAGUUUUACCAGUUGCAACUGCUUCUGUUGAAAGAGUUUUUUCUGCGAUGAAAAUUAUCAAGACUGAUUUGCGUAAUAGGUUUGGUAGUAUACAUCGAGAAGGACAUUUUUGCUACAAUUGA